CGAUAUCCUUUCAAAUUAUGCAUACAUGUGGUAUAAAAGUUUGAAAAAUAAUUAAGUUAUUAUCAGUUACAAAUUAAAAGUCAAAGUGUAAACAGUUCGUACUAAUUAAUUUAAUCAUGUACUUCAAGGUCCUCACUAUCGCGGCUUUCAUCGCCGUUACAUCCGCACAACUAAACGGCUACGGUGGUCAUGGUCAUAGUCACGCGGUCUCAUCGCAGAGCAUCGUGCAACAUCAGAGCCAUGCUCCCGCGUACUACGCGCCCGCACACAACGCCCAUGCCGCACAAGACUACUACGCCCCCGCACACUACGCGUUCGACUACCAAGUGCAAGACUCGCACACCGGCGACAUCAAGUCCCAGCACGAAGCUCGUGAGGGAGACCACGUGACCGGCUUCUACAGUCUGCACGAGCCCGACGGCACCGUGCGUCGUGUGGAGUACACCGCUGAUGCGCAUAACGGAUUUAACGCUGUCGUACAUCGCGAAGGUCAUGCCCGCCACGAAGCUCCCGCCUAUCAUCAUUAAGCCUACCUACUUUAAUGUAUCAUGAAUCGAAUGUAUAUUUUGUUGAGUGUUUGUUGUAAUAAAUAAUAAUAUAAGAAAAUAUAA